AUGACAGAAAUAUAUUAUAAAAUAUAUAAAGAGUAUUAAGUUCAUUAAUUAGUCUUAUUGAGUGGGGUUUCAAAAGGCAUCGUGUUCUUGAGCAAUUUAAUAGCCUCUAUCAAUAGAACGAUAAAAGGAUGCUUGAGAGAGUUGCCUGUCUGCUUGAGUGUUUGUGAUGGUUUGGAUUCGAACUUCGAGUUUCUAUUAUUAUCUUGGUUUUGGUUUGCUAGUACAAAUGCCCAUGUUUUUAAUCGUUAGUAAUAUUAAUAAUAAAUGAAUUGCGCUGUUUGCGGAUUAAAUUUUGAGAGGAAAGAUAAAGGAUGUUAGUAAAUGGAAUGUUAACAAUGUAAAUUGAAAUAUCAUCGAUUCUGUUAUGGCUACAAUAAUUUGGAUGGAGUAUGUGAUCCUUGCUAAGACAUAGCAAAGAAACCAUUAUGCUGUAUCUGUGGAUAGAAAGGUUUACUAAAACGACUCUCCGAUUAAAGUGGAGUAUACGUGCAUGUGUCCUGUGCAAUUUUCGCACCGCAUAUCCAGGUGAUCAAUUAUCAUACAAUGACCUUUGCUACCAAAAGUUAAAUAGACAAAAAAAACUAAGGAGAAAUGCUCCCAAUUGUGGAAAAAGUGGAGCAAAUAUCCAAUGCCUAGAUUGUCAAGCUUAUGCCCAUCCUCAUUGCAUUUUUGUAGAAUAAGUGGAGAAGGCCUAAGAAGACAUAGAAACAGAAUAGUGGAUCUUCCAUUUAAAAUCCAAAUCAAUUGGAUGUGGAGUCAGGUGAAAUUAAAUGUGAGUUAAAAGAGAUUCAGGAUGCCUUUUGCAAUGCCCUUGACAAGUUUUAGGACAAAUCCAAGAAAAGAGGAAACCAGACACAAUAAUACAAGGAACAUGUAAAAAACAUUUUGGAAUCUAUUUUUGAUAAUUACACACUACAACAAUGCAAUCAACAAUGGUCAGCAUAGAAUAAGAUAGAGAGUUAUUGUUAAGUGCAUAUGGAAAGUCAUCGAUUAUUUUGUAUAUGUCGUAAAUCUUUGAAUAAUAAGCAAAUGGUGUAAUGUGAUCAUUGUUAUGAAUGGUAUCAUUUCGGAUGUAUUAAACGUAAGAAUGUAAAAGAUGACAGCUACAUCUGUGAAGCAUGUAAAGGAUGGAGUGCUAAGAGAACUAAGAUAGAUUUGGAAGAUCCCAAAUUACUAAACUUUGAAGAUUUGGUUGUUCCUAAGAGUGUCUACAUAUUACACUUGAUCGACUUGCUCCCCUUGUUAUUAUACAUUGAGUCAAUCAUGAAGAGAUUGCCGUCCAUUCCUUUAGAUGAGAAUGACUAUAGAAAUAUCAAAUUUUACAAACUCUUCUUGGCCUCAUUACCCAUCAAACCUUCCACUGUUAUCCAAUUAGACAAGAUUUUAUUGAAGGAAAAACUACAGGAAGAAUUAAAAUAGAAAAUGCACUCUAUCAUACCCACCUAACUUGAAUAGAGUGAGCAAUUUGCAGAAGAAUUAGUUAAAUUUUUUAAAUUCAAAGGCUACUACUUUGAAUUGGGAGAGAACAAACUCAUUAAAUCAUUUGUGUUGUCAAGAAAGGAUAUCAAAGCACAGAUAUAGAAAGGAAUUUCUGAAGGAUAUUUGAUGGAAGACACCUUUAAGAUUCUCAAUGAAAAUGUCACAGACAAUCAAAAAAUAUUCAAAUCUCCUAAUGAUAAUCUAGGCUAACUCAUUAAUAGGUACAAAGUGGCAUAGCAAAUCAAGACUACUUUGAGAUCUUUAUUUGAAGCAGAGAGAAUGCAAAUUGAAUAUCCAGUUAUUGACAAUCAACUUGAUUUGACCGUUUAUAAAUAAUAGAUUUUGAUGAAGAAUUAAAAAAAUAAACCCAAUAAAUUGAAGUUGAUGGAUUUAAAGAGGAUGGCCAAUCAUAAUAAUGUGACUUUGGGAUGUCUCAAGAUUAUUGAUAAACUAUUAGAGGAACUCAACGCGUUGGAAUAGGAGAACGUUCAGAGUUCCUAUAAGAAGAUUAUAGAAUUCCCAGUCAAUAGUGACUCUCUCAUAAAUUAGUUAUAAUCUUAUUUUGAUUAAGAAUUUAUUGAUGAAUUCAAAGUGGAAUUGGAAUUGAAGAUUGAGAGUUUCUGUAGAUUGACUGAAAAGGAGUACACAGGAGUGUAUACAUAUGAUAACAUCCAAAAGGCUGCUAAAGACUCGAUUGUAAUAAGGAGUGUGUAUAAUCAAUUGUAAGAAAUUCAUUAGAAGUGUCAAACUUAAAAAAAAGUAACUAUUUAAUUUUGUCAUGAAAUAUUAGAUAUGAUGUCAAAGUGCUUAUUAACAUCAACCUAUAUGGAAACUCAAAAGGCUAAAUUCCUGAAAUUCAGAGAACUCUACAAAAGGUUGAAUGAAUCAAUCACACUGGAACAGUUGGAGGAGAUUGAACAUGAAUGCUUUUAACUUGGAUUUGAUAUGGAUGUAGAACAAAGGAGAUCACAAUUGGUCUAAGCACAGGAAAUCAUCCAAAAUAUCCAACCUAGUUUGGGUGAUUCCUUGGAAGAAUUCAAAAAGCUCAAGUCUCUUUAAUUGGACACUUACAUUAAGUAAACUGAAUAGCAAAUAGACUUUGUGAAAUAAUUAUAUUAUUUGGUAUACAAUUCAUAUGAUACAUUGCCUAAGAUGAUUUAGAAAGUAAAAGAUAUCUCAGAUUUAGAUUUCAAUAAUGAAUUAAUUUACAAAGUUGCAAUUCCAGAAGUCGUCUAUGAUGAAAUGAAAUCAGUAGUAUUAAAUUUUAGAUAAAUCAAAUGGAGAUGCGAGUGCUAAUUAAUUCCUAGAUCAACCAAAUCAAACCAUGAUCCAAGGGGGUAACAAAAAAUAUAAUAUCAGCCACAAUAAUUCAAUUGUUAAAUGCUGAUCCCCCAAAUCUAAGAUCCAUUCUACACUUAACAACUCUAGAAGAUCAAGAAGGAAUACGAGAGUUGGAUCAUCAAUUUGUAGGAGUUCGAGAAUCAAUUGGCAGGUCAAGUUGCACCUCAUUUCAAUCAGCUGAUCAAAUUGAUCAAUAAGAACCAGUAUCAAGAGAACAAUUUGCAAACCAAAUUGUGGCAAUACUACAUUUAGAUGCUUUGGAUGCAAAAGGCAGAAGAGUUUAUUGAGGCUAAGGCCAAUCCCUAGGCUUACAAGACAUUGAUCUCCUGUGCGACAUAUGCAAACAUAGAUUCCAACAACGUCUUAUUAUUGAAACUUAAGGACCAUAUCUUCAUCAUGGAUGACUUGGGUAGAAAACUGAAGGAAUAUUAAGAACAACGAUUUCUGUGGGUUAAGAGUAGGGAGUAGAUCAACAAUUUGCAAUCUAUUUGGAAAACAAGCCAGAUGCAGACCAAAGAGUAUCCAAUAUUCAAAGUAAAAGACUUAGCUGAAGAUCUGUAAGAAGUACGUUAGGUGUUGCAAUAAUAUAAUGACUUAGUACAAAAACAGCCAGACAAUAAUUUGUACAUUCAGCAAUUGUAAAAGAUAAGGACCUAUUACUGUUGUUGUUUUUUGAAGGUUAAGAAUUUCUGUGUCUAAUUGAUGUACAACAUGAUAAAGUAGUAAUCAUUGAAAUGUUUGAAAUAAUUGAAUCCUACAGAGUAGAUUUUACAGAGACUGGAAGAAAUCAACCUUUUGGUUGCGAU